UAAAAGCUAUAAUAAAGACUGUGAAUCCCAGAAUUCUAUGUGACCGUACGAGGAAGCGAAUAAUCAAACUCAGCAAAUCACCACAGGCACAGACAGAAGGUCUCCCACUAAAAUAGCUGCCGAACACAACAGGGUCCCGGCGGGCCCCUCAUGCUGACGCCACAAUCGGUUGCGGUCCGGCGUUCCUGACGCCAGCGUACGACGGCUCCGUCGUCAGUAUUCGACGGCAGAAUUGUGUCGGCAAUGAUAUGAUUUUUGGGCCUGGAAUUUGGUGUCAAAGUGUAACCGAAAAUCAAAUUGAGCAUUUCCAACUUUGAUGCGUGGAAAUUGCUUUUGUUAUGGUUCUGUAACAAAAAAAAAAAUAGUUUUAGAGCCUCCUGUUAUCAGAGUUUCGCUGGUGUUUGUUGAGAAGGGUGGAAAGACUCAUGAAGAGGCUAGUAGGCAUCCAACUGUGGUUCAACCUUUUCUUGUUGUUUUUUCUUAUUUUCAGUUUGCGCUGGUUUUGGUUCUGGGAUUUACUAGUGCAUUACAGUACGAUGGAGAAUGUGAAAACAAGAAGGCAUUGAAUCCCAGGCCACACAGUGUGUCGCUUUUGGAGUUUGGGGCAGUCGGAGAUGGGAAAACAUUGAACACAGUAGCUUUCCAAAAUGCCGUUUUCUAUGUCAAGUCAUUUGCUGACAAGGGUGGUGCUCAGCUCUAUGUUCCGCCUGGCCGGUGGCUCACUGGGAGCUUUAACCUCACCAGCCACCUCACGCUCUUCCUUGAGACCGGUGCAACUAUUCUUGGAUCCCAGGACUAUACUCACUGGGAAAUUGAGGAACCCCUUCCUUCUUAUGGUCGCGGGAUUGAUUUUCCAGGUUGGAGAUAUCGUAGCUUGAUCAACGGUGAUGAUCUACACGAUGUGGUGAUAACAGGUGGUAAUGGAACCAUAGAUGGACAGGGUUCUGUGUGGUGGGAGCAAUUCAGCUCUCAUUCGUUGAAUUACAGCAGACCACAUCUUGUGGAAUUCACCAGAUGUGAUCAUAUCGUUAUAUCGAAUCUGACUUUCUUGAACUCCCCGGCUUGGAACAUUCAUCCUACAUAUUGCAGGUAUGUGAAAGUCCAAAACUUAACUGUUCAUGCUUCUCCUGCAUCUCCAUAUACUAGCGGAAUAGUCCCAGAUUCUUCUGAGCAUGUUUGCAUUGAGAACUGCAACAUUAGUAUGGGUCAUGAUGCAAUUGUUCUUAAGAGCGGUUGGGAUGAGUAUGGAAUCGCCUAUGGCAAACCGACCAAAAGUGUACACAUCCGGGCCGUCAACCUUCAAUCUUCUUUAGGCUCCGGCCUGGCAUUUGGGAGUGAGAUGUCUGGAGGCAUUUUAAACGUACUAGUAGAGCGGCUUCAUCUGUCUAACUCAUUCGUUGGCAUUGAACUCAAGACAACCAGAGGAAGAGGAGGAUAUAUGAAAGACAUUGUUAUAUCGAAUGUAGAAAUGCACAACAUUCACACAGCAAUCCAGGUCACUGGUCAGAGUGGCUCUCAUCCUGAUGAUAAGUUUGACCCUGAUCAAGUUCCAUUUGUUAAAGGAAUCACCUUUGACAACAUGGUCGGCAGUAAUAUUACAUUUGCUGGGAAUUUUUCUGGAAUCUACGAAUCACCUUUCACAUCUAUUUGUCUCUCAAAUGUGUCAUUCUCCAUGAAUUGGGAUUCUUCUAGCUCAUGGUUCUGUUCCGAUGUGAAGGGGUUUUCCCAGAAGGUUUCUCCAGAACCAUGUUCAGACCUCAAGGAAUCAUCUUUUAAUGCUUCCUCAUCUUGCUUCUUUUCCUUAUACCCUUACAAUUAUGCUACAGAUUUUUGAGAUGCCAAAAGAAAAAAAGAAAAAAGAAAAAAUCAUCUAUUCUGUACAUCAGAGAUACCAAGAGCUAGCUUGCACUUAUACAUUGAUUUUUCCAAUAAAUCUCCAAUUUAAACAAACAAGCAUGAUCAAUCAGUACCUUCCCAUGAGAUUAAUCUUUUGAAGUGCUGUUGCAACUUGAUAGUAUAUAUGCUCAUGUAUUACAGCCCCAUUACUCUUGAUUCGUGUACAAGGAAAUUUUGCAGAUAGAACUUUGCUUCAAUUGUUAAUUUCUGAGUUUUUCUUUCAAUAUCUUUAGUUACAAACUUGCAAUGUAAUUACAUUCAUGUAAUUUGUGAUUGCUCCCAGAUUAAUCAAUGAUAUUCGUUGUGGCACUUUGAGGUU